AUGCGCUUUGCUCGGCAUCCCAAGAUAUUGACCGAGAGCGAUAGGCGAAGGUACGUCGCCGGGACCUACGUGGACUCUGACGACGCCCGGACCAUCUGCAAGAGCUUCCACAUACCCGCGGCGGUAGUCGACCAGUUGGAGACUGAGGCGGCGGCGGCGGCGGCUGCCGCUGCUACUGCUCCUGCCGUUACUAGUGGCGGCGGGCACGCCUUGUAA